UUAGUUGAAACACGCUUUAUUAUUUCAGGAAAAACGGCAGAUAGCAAUUGUAUAUUGUACGUAGAUUGAAUACUUACAGUCAACAGAAACGAUGUUUAACCCUUUGUGGGUUGUUGCCCCUGUUGGCUUAGUUGUACUGGCGUACUACUCGUACAAGUGUUAUGCAAAAGGAGACGAUGAGGAGGACUGGCAGGAUGAGGAGGUGUGGCAGGAAGAGGAGCGGCAGGAAGAGGAGCGACAGGAGAAGGUGCGACAGGAAGAGGAGCGACAGAAGGAGGUGCGGCAAGAAGAGGAGCAGCAGGAGGAGAAGCGACAGAAGGAACAGGUGUGGAAAGAAGAGACCAAGACGGAAAUGUUGAGCCAACAGAGGGAGUUGUUAGGGACCUGCCUGGAAGUAGCCCAGCAGGUCCGCGAACCUGGUCAAUAUUCCAAGUUCAUCGACCUACUGUCUGCAGUUUUGGCAUUCCCAGAAAACGAACUCACAGAUACGGCAAGGAUAAUAUUUAAGCCUAUUCUUCACCGCAUGAGACCGGACGAAUUGCGGAAGUUCGACAAAAUGGUGGACAAAAAGAAAAGAAUUUUAAAACGAACUCCGACGCCGUUCGGCGGCAACGUGUACAACGAUGUACUCGAAGGUGCCAGGUAACUUUUGGUACGCCGUCGGACUGUUGGUAUGUAUCUCUAAUUACUUUUGUUCCUUUUUUUCCCUGCUAUACCUUUGAUUUUUAUAACCUCUAUCGUAACUGUUCUCCCUAUUGUAAUUUUUAUCACUAGAUCAUUUAUAAUCUCUGUCUUUUGAGAAUGCCCUAUCCCUUCUACUAUCUCUGCCUCUCGAAAAUGACCUGUUUCUGCUAUCAUAUCUCUCUCUUGAAACUGACCUGUCUCUUCUGUUCCUAUCAGAAUCUAAAUCAAACUUGAUUGUGUCAAGUCAUCGUUUUAAAAUGGCGACCAAAUUUUGCCGAAAGUGACGUUUAUUCAAGAUUCGCCUCCCUGUGUGUUCUGCGUGCGCUACCUACUUUUCUCCGGUCAAACACCACUCGUGAUCCACCGUAGAUUAUCCAGGGCGCCAAUUCUCGAAUAUUUAUCGAAUUUGACAACAUUUUCUCGCCAUCGGUUUAAAAUGGUGACCAAAUUUUGCCGAAAGUGACGUUUAUUCAAGAUUCGCCUCCCUGUGUGUUCUGCGUGCGCUACCUACUUUUCUCCGGUCAAACACCACUCGUGAUCCACCGUAGAUUAUCCAGGGCGCCAAUUCUCGAAUAUUUAUCGAAUUUGACAACAUUUUCUCGCCAUCGGUUUAAAAUGGUGACCAAAUUUUGCCGAAAGUGACGUUUAUUCAAGAUUCGCCUCCCUGUGUGUUCUGCGUGCGCUACCUACUUUUCUCCGGUCAAACACCACUCGUGAUCCACCGUAGAUUAUCCAGGGCGCCAAUUCUCGAAUAUUUAUCGAAUUUGACAACAUUUUCUCGCCAUCGGUUUAAAAUGGUGACCAAAUUUUGCCGAAAGUGACGUUUAUUCAAGAUUCGCCUCCCUGUGUGUUCUGCGUGCGCUACCUACUUUUCUCCGGUCAAACACCACUCGUGAUCCACCGUAGAUUAUCCAGGGCGCCAAUUCUCGAAUAUUUAUCGAAUUUGACAACAUUUUCUCGCCAUCGGUUUAAAAUGGUGACCAAAUUUUGCCGAAAGUGACGUUUAUUCAAGAUUCGCCUCCCUGUGUGUUCUGCGUGCGCUACCUACUUUUCUCCGGUCAAACACCACUCGUGAUCCACCGUAGAUUAUCCAGGGCGCCAAUUCUCGAAUAUUUAUCGAAUUUGACAACAUUUUCUCGCCAUCGGUUUAAAAUGGUGACCAAAUUUUGCCGAAAGUGACGUUUAUUCAAGAUUCGCCUCCCUGUGUGUUCUGCGUGCGCUACCUACUUUUCUCCGGUCAAACACCACUCGUGAUCCACCGUAGAUUAUUCAGGGCGCCAAUUCUCGAAUAUUUAUCGAAUUUGACAACAUUUUCUCGCCAUCGGUUUAAAAUGGUGACCAAAUUUUGCCGAAAGUGACGUUUAUUCAAGAUUCGCCUCCCUGUGUGUUCUGCGUGCGCUACCUACUUUUCUCCGGUCAAACAGCACUCGUGAUCCACCGUAGAUUAUCCAGGGCGCCGAUUCUCGAAUAUUUAUCGAAUUCGACAACAUUUUCUCGCCAUCGGUUUAAAAUGGUGACCAAAUUUUGCCGAAAGUGACGUUUAUUCAAGAUUCGCCUCCCUGUGUGUUCUGCGUGCGCUACCUACUUUUCUCCGGUCAAACACCACUCGUGAUCCACCGUAGAUUAUCCAGGGCGCCAAUUCUCGAAUAUUUAUCGAAUUUGACAACAUUUUCUCGCCAUCGGUUUAAAAUGGUGACCAAAUUUUGCCGAAAGUGACGUUUAUUCAAGAUUCGCCUCCCUGUGUGUUCUGCGUGCGCUACCUACUUUUCUCCGGUCAAACACCACUCGUGAUCCACCGUAGAUUAUCCAGGGCGCCAAUUCUCGAAUAUUUAUCGAAUUUGACAACAUUUUCUCGCCAUCGGUUUAAAAUGGUGACCAAAUUUUGCCGAAAGUGACGUUUAUUCAAGAUUCGCCUCCCUGUGUGUUCUGCGUGCGCUACCUACUUUUCUCCGGUCAAACACCACUCGUGAUCCACCGUAGAUUAUCCAGGGCGCCAAUUCUCGAAUAUUUAUCGAAUUUGACAACAUUUUCUCGCCAUCGGUUUAAAAUGGUGACCAAAUUUUGCCGAAAGUGACGUUUAUUCAAGAUUCGCCUCCCUGUGUGUUCUGCGUGCGCUACCUACUUUUCUCCGGUCAAACACCACUCGUGAUCCACCGUAGAUUAUCCAGGGCGCCAAUUCUCGAAUAUUUAUCGAAUUUGACAACAUUUUCUCGCCAUCGGUUUAAAAUGGUGACCAAAUUUUGCCGAAAGUGACGUUUAUUCAAGAUUCGCCUCCCUGUGUGUUCUGCGUGCGCUACCUACUUUUCUCCGGUCAAACACCACUCGUGAUCCACCGUAGAUUAUCCAGGGCGCCAAUUCUCGAAUAUUUAUCGAAUUUGACAACAUUUUCUCGCCAUCGGUUUAAAAUGGUGACCAAAUUUUGCCGAAAGUGACGUUUAUUCAAGAUUCGCCUCCCUGUGUGUUCUGCGUGCGCUACCUACUUUUCUCCGGUCAAACACCACUCGUGAUCCACCGUAGAUUAUCCAGGGCGCCAAUUCUCGAAUAUUUAUCGAAUUUGACAACAUUUUCUCGCCAUCGGUUUAAAAUGGUGACCAAAUUUUGCCGAAAGUGACGUUUAUUCAAGAUUCGCCUCCCUGUGUGUUCUGCGUGCGCUACCUACUUUUCUCCGGUCAAACACCACUCGUGAUCCACCGUAGAUUAUCCAGGGCGCCAAUUCUCGAAUAUUUAUCGAAUUUGACAACAUUUUCUCGCCAUCGGUUUAAAAUGGUGACCAAAUUUUGCCGAAAGUGACGUUUAUUCAAGAUUCGCCUCCCUGUGUGUUCUGCGUGCGCUACCUACUUUUCUCCGGUCAAACACCACUCGUGAUCCACCGUAGAUUAUUCAGGGCGCCAAUUCUCGAAUAUUUAUCGAAUUUGACAACAUUUUCUCGCCAUCGGUUUAAAAUGGUGACCAAAUUUUGCCGAAAGUGACGUUUAUUCAAGAUUCGCCUCCCUGUGUGUUCUGCGUGCGCUACCUACUUUUCUCCGGUCA